UGUAGCAUGUAGCUUGUUUAGGGGACCUAACGACGGUUGCUAGAGUCUCGAUGUUUAUCCUUUGUUAUGCUCCCCUGCCCCCACAUAGGAAACCACUAUCUUCUCCCGACCCCAUUUUCUUUUUGUGACUCCGUAGACAUACGUGGUGUAAUUUGCCACACGUUUGAGUUAAUUUGAUGUAAUUUAUCUACGCGUUAACACCAUCUUCAUGUGGUUUUUAUGAGAGACUUCUUCUACCACUUGAAAUGGAAUUUAUUUGCCAAGAUCUUCAGAGUGGAUAUCUCAACGAAUGAUCGCCACUGAUUAAGUGGUUUCUCGUCCAAGAUUUGGAUUUAUUUCAGAUGAUCGUAAGCGCGUGUUUAUCAGAAAAAAAACAUCAAACCUGUUUGCAAUCAUCGAAGAGUUUCUUGAUCGAAAGGGAGUUUAUAAAAGGCUGCAAAAUCUUAUUGAUUUGAGGUGGUCAUCAUGACUUUAUCAACGCAGAAGGUCGUUUCAUUGGUGGCCCUUUGCUUACUCGUGUUGCAGAUCAGAAUUGGUAACGCCCAGCAGGCCUUCUCCAUACUCCCCACGGACACCUCCGCCACCGAAGGCGCCACAGCAACCUUGCAGUGCUCCGUUACGAACCUAGCCGGUACCGUCACAUGGACCAGGAACGCUUCCCCAGUCAGCGUCGGCACAACCAUAAUCGACACAUCCAAUACACGGUACACCAUCGAGGGUGAUGGCUCGUCUGUCUUCAACCUGCAGAUUGUCAACGCUGAGCUGGCCGAUUCGGGGGAGUUUCAAUGCCUUGUGACGGGGGGCGGUGUCGGCAACGACGAGCUUCUCUCUGGCCCGGUUACACUCACUGUGUUUCAGGUCCAAAGCUUCACCACACAGCCAGGGGACACCUCUGUGUCGUCAGAAACGACGGCAACCCUGCAGUGCACAGUCGACAACAAAGAGGGGUUCUUGUAUUGGCUAAAAGACGGCGUCAUCAUAAGCAACGACACAGUAGUGACCAAUGGGAACGCCCGUUACUCCAUCGUUGGGGACCAAUCAGCCGGCGAGUACAAUCUCAAUAUUGUGUCGACGGAAGAGGCCGCUGAUCAGGGCGCGUACCAGUGCGUUGUCACGGCGGCGGGUACCAGCGCGAGAAUCGAGUCAACUCAAGCAACAUUGACUAUACAAGGGUCCGGACAACGUCUGACAAUCGUCCCGUCGAGCUCCGUGUUCGUGGAGGGUACCGACGCCCUGAUGCGGUGCAAAGUGGUCGACAAAGUCGGGACUGUGUCGUGGUUACAGAACAGUCAGGCUAUUAGCUACGACUACGAAAUCGCCAAUGGCAACACCAGGUUUUCAAUCGUUGGUGACCAGGACGUUGGUGAGUUCAACCUAAUGAUCUCAGACGUGGAAGAUACGGACGUGGGUACCUACCAUUGUAUAGUGAGCGAUGGCGGCGUAGGAAAUGAUGCUAUCUCGUCCAGCGGUGCCACUCUAACGGUCAUCGCUGCUACUGCACCCGAUGGCGGUUACCCACUCUGCUCUAUGUUGCCCUCGUCCGACCUGCGAGAGGGUGACAACGUCACAAUCUCAUGCACGUCACGUGGUGGCGAGCCCCAGCCAAAACUCGACUGGUUUAGAAACAACGUUGAGUUAUCGGGAGAUUACAGAGCCUCUGACCUCUACUCUAGGAAUGACGUCAACUUCGUGUUGACCAAUGACAUGAUUGGGUCUACUUUCGAGUGUUUGUCGAGUCAUCCGUCGUACACCACGACGCAGAAGUGUGAACUGCCACCGUUGGACUUUGAAUUGACACCUACAAUCUCAGUAAGUCUAAGCCUCCUUAAGCUUGAAAUAUACGAGGAUGAAACCGGCUCUGUGAUGUGCACUGCGACCGGCGACCCAGACGUCCUCGGUUACCAGUGGUUCUACAACGGUGUUGAGAUCGCCGAGAGCGACGACCGUUUUGUUAUCAGCGACUCGGGGACGUCUGAGUCAACUCUUACUAUCACCUCCGCAUCACUCAGCAUGGACGAAUCCGUGGUGUUGUGUCAGGCAAGGAACCGAAUCGACACUGAGAGUGUUUACGCUGUGGUCCGCAUUGUUGAGGACAAUUUGUACACGAUAGUGCUGGCCGUGUUAGCUCUGAUCGCAAUAUUCGUCUUUGCUUUGAUCGUCGUCCCCAUCAUUGUCUACUACUGCUACCGUCGCCAUCAAAAGCGGACAAAAGUUGCACCUAUCGAGAACGGUGCAGCCACCAUCAGCGGCACAAAGGUGACCUCCAACUAUUUCAUCACCGAGGAAACCGUUCCGAAUGGUCACGCCCACAAACUCCGUCGCCAGUCCAGCAAACCGAAAGUCCUAGACCACGAAUCGGUUCACGCCGGCUCGGGUAAGCUACCUGAGAUAACGGGCAACGGACGGUACCCUGCCCCGAUCAGAAGCCAGAUACCGGAGACCUUCCCGAUGGAUAGAUUAGACCAGGAACGCAGCGGGAGAAGAGGGUCGUACGACGUGGAGUCCGUCCAGCUCGCAAGGCUCCUAAAGGGCAAACCGAACUCCCGACCGUCGUCGUCCAGGAGAAGCUCGGUGUCGCCAACGGUACCGCAGCUGUCCCCAGGGGAGUACAAGGUCCGGGACGAGUACGAGAAGAAACUGAAGGAGCUUGAGUCGAUGAAGAAGAGUCUGACAGGAUCAGAGGUGAUUCAAGAUGAUAGUAAAUCAAGGAAGUCCACCAGGGAUGGAGGGGAGAAAAAGCAUAAGAAACAUAAGAAGAGGGAUAAGGACCGUGACGACAAAGAUCACAAGAAAUCCAAAUCAAGGGACCACAAAGAGCAUCGAGACAAGAAAGACAAGAAAGAUCGCAAGGAGAAGAAAGAUAAGAAGGAUCGGAAGAAGGAUUCAAGAUGAGACUCCGACGUUCCUGGUUAACUUUUCCCGUAAGCUUUGAGCUUACACAACCGAUAACUCCGCCCUGCCCGAUCAGGUGCAGCAUGUUAUCUUGCCAGGAUAAACUAUCGAUGCAUGGUGCUAACAGUAGAAGGCAACGUUUGAAGAGUUUAAACUUCCAUGAACCAUGAAAUCGAUGGUGGGAAACCGUGGAGUGAGCUUCAGAAGAGAAACAGUAAAUUAAAAGAGUUAAUGUCCCGCGGCAUAGAUCUUUAUCAUGGUGCAGCGAUUUUGAAUUUAUCUCAUUGAUAUCAAUUAUACCAUACCGAGGCUGGAAGAACAACAUAGUCUGGUUCCUUAUUGCAAGGUGAUUGUUAGCAUGCAUUAUUGUUAUUCGAUACGAGGAACAUGACCAAGAUGGAUGCAGCAUGAUAAAGGUUUAUUGCAACUUAUGUAUCAAAAGUCGUAGAAAUAAUUACGGGAACUUGCUUGUGCAAGUAAACAGACGAUGUAUUAAGAUCUUGGACCAUUCACAAGUUGCCGCAGUCCAGAAGAGCUUUGUAAACGUACGGACCCGUUUUGAAGAGAGAAAAUGCAUACGUAUCUCGAAAUAUUAGUAUAUCAUAACGGAGAAAACAGUCAAGUUGUUAGUCUUGCCACUCAAACUCGAGACAAACAAUUCUUCCUCUAUGCGUUAUAAAGAUAUUAAGUGUGCAUCCGUUUGUGUUUGUUUUGGAUGUUGUUUUUUUUUUUAACAAAAUUGCGACUUAAACAAUCUGGCCAAUAAGUAUCAAAAUGUGAACAAUUUCACUGAAGUUUUUUAAAUAUCUGUUUAAACUAAAGAGUUCCAUACGCCAAUUAAGUGAACGCAUAUUAAUGUUUUUGUUUUUUUUAUAUGUUAGUGUAACAUAGUGUUUGGAGUGUCACUUUAACUAUGAUGGGAAGUAUAAAUUCACACCUGAUUUGUUCAUACAUACACAAUACAUGUACAUGUAUAUACUGUAUUUGUUAGUUGAACAAAAAAAAGACGGCCGGUACGGGUUGAGUGGCUUCCGACGAAGAUAUUGACAAAAUGGGGUCAAUAUCAGGGCCGGAUAAACUCACUUGGUAGGGCGCCGGCAUGUAUGCAUGUAAAUCGCAGGUUCUUGUCAAUUUUUCUUUUUUUCAGCCCAAACUCAUUUUUAAAAUGUCAGUUUUCCAUGUUGUUGAUGUACUUGGUCUUAU